GAUCAGAGCAUGAUUUCAAACUCCAGAGCGCAUGCAGCUGAAGCAGCCAGCGGGAAGCGUUACUACAUCCGGCCGAGUGCUGGAUCCAUGAAGCAAGGUGUUCUUGGGCGCUUUCUGGUUGCUCUGCCAUUAAUGAGAGACAGGGGCGACUUCGAGUACGUAUUUGACAUGAGAAGUAAGCGCUUCGUGUGCAUGGACUCUCAGGGGGAGCGCCACAAAUCUAGGCACAAGAACAGCGCCGGCUGUCUCUUCAGCCGGAUUGGCUUCAUCAGUGCAAACCAGCGCGGCACGUUUUCCUCUCCAAGGGGAAGUCGGCUUCUACUCCCCCACCUGGAAUCUUGGGAGCUGUCCUCCAUCUUGCUGAAGCGCUUUCUUACCCCCUUGGCCAGGAGGCAGAGGAGAAGCGAGGAGGUGAACCCCUCCGACCCGUUAAGGUCCGAAUCGCUUCCUUUGCAUUCUGUGAAGGACCAAAAAGAUUUGGAGCACGGGCAGCUGGAAACGGACCAGGCAGGGGCUGUAUCAAAAGAGACCAUCUCGUCCUGUGAUGACCCCUUAAAGGUCCUGCACGCCAACGGACCGGUGAGUCCUGUCAAGACCAUUAUAGCGGACCUAGCCGAACAAGACUGACUUCAUGAACCUGGGCAGAUUAAGUUUUCAAGGGAAAGAACCUACACCGGGACGUCAAUCCGUUCCCGAGAGGUGGCCAAUACUAUUUUUCCUAUUGAAAACAAUGGAAAAAAUUUUGUUCCUGAGUCAGACUGUCCAAAACGUAAAAGAUUAGUGAUUUUUUUUUUUUUACAUUAAGACAGUAAUAUGGAAGUAAAUAUUUGCCACCAGGAUUUGAAUUAAAAAUGCCACAGAAAAUUUCAUGUUGUAAAAUUCACAUUAUUAUUUCUAAGUGAUCACAUUUUCAAUAGCUGUAUUUCAGUUUAACUUUUCAAUGUUAACAAAUUGGCCAUGUAAAAAAAAUUCAAACGCAAUAUUUUCAGUCUCCUGAGAUUCAACUGGCUACAAUUCGCUGUCUGAAAUUCACCGUUCACCAGUUACGCUUUCUUAGUAUGUGACGUCACGUGACUGAGAAAGUGUAACUAGAUUGGCUGGGUAUUGGGUUCUGACCGGAGGUAACACUGCCUUCUGAACACUGAAUUUAGAUGGUGAAUUUCAGACAGCGAAUUGUAGCCAGUUGAGUCUUAGGAGACUGAAAAUAUUCCGUUUGAAUUUUAAAGACGGAUUUCUUCAUAUAGCAAAUUUGUUGUCAUUGAAAAGUUAAGAUGAAAUACAGCUAAUAAAAAUGUGAUCACUUUGAAAUAAUGCGAAUUUUACAACAUAAAAUCUUCUGUGGCAUUUUUAAUUCGAAUCCUGAUGGCACAUAUUUACUUGGAUACAAUAACUGGUAUUAUUAGAAAAAUCUUUUAAAAAAUCCAACAUUACAAAUGAGAAAUUAGCCACUCUAUACCAAUUUAAAAAAAAAAACAGCAAGUGGUCUUUGGAGUCGCUUCUCUAUAGGCUAAAGUUGUAUGGAACACCCUUUGCUAAGGCUGGUACUUCUUUUAGAUUUUCGAGUAUUUCGAGUUAAUACUUUAAUGCUUCCAGAAUAUAAGUUUUGUGAGGUACACUUUGUUUUCGAGGCAUAUUUUUCCACAAAAAAUGUGCUCGCAUCCCAAGUUAUAUGACCUCUAGCACUGUCAAUUUAGUUCCCAACUCAGCGUCAGUCAUCCAUUUGCAAACUGCUGAUGAGUCCAAUUGCCGUGGCAACAAUGAAGCUUUUCCUGACCAGAGAGAGACGCGACAUUCCCAAAUGUAGUUUUCAAAUGACGAUCGUGUGGUGACAAAAUGCGAGGUAGUGGCAGUACAGGAAUUGUUGGGGGAAAAAAAUGCAUGGUGUCAUGUGGCAGGGUUGGAAAAGCGCUCGGCUUUCCUUUAAUCUCCUUUUGUCAGUUCAGCUUUAGACCGCAGGGAAGAUGUAGCAAUGUUUGUUUUGCAUAUGGAAGAUCCAUAAUCUUAAUGAGCAAUCGUGGCGAUAUAUAAAUGUCUUUUUUUUUUUUUUUGGAAUGCUUCAUGCUCAAUUCUUUGGGAUCAGCUGGUGUGUUUGCAGCUGUUCAUGUCAGGUGCCGGACACCAACUCGUAGAAAUGAUAAAGGUAUUUAUUUAUUGAAUGAUGCACAAGGACUUUUCCGUUAUCGCUUGUUAUUUAUGUUAUUUCGA